AUGGACGCCUACUGCAGGGAGAUCAGGAAGCUCGAAGCCAUGUUUUACGGUCUAGAGUUCCACCACGUCCCCAGGGAUGACAAUGUGGUGGCAGAUGUUCUAUCCAAGCUUCGAUCCAAGCGGUCUAUCGUACCACCCAGCGUGUUUGUUCAAGCACUCAACAGCCCUACGGUCAAGAUGGAAGAGGAGCCUCCUACUAAGCCCGAAUUGGUCCCGGCCAUAGGACAGGAGGUCCUAACCCUCGACACCGACUGGCGCUCCCCAAUCAUCGACUUCAUCAAGAACAAUAAAAGCUAUCCAAGUGGAAAGGAACACGAGAACCUUGCUCACCGGUCCAGCAACUACGUCGUCAUAGGAACCGAGUUGCCCAGGCACUCGGCUUCCUCGGGAACUGUUGACGCUCACUAA